AGGUUUGAAAAAUGUUUUCGGUUAGAUUUUUGAUAGUUUUCGUUAUAUCGGUCGGUUUUUUUGGAAUUCAACAUAUUGAUGGAAUUCCGAUGGAAUGCACAUCAACUAAAAGUGCUUCAAGCAUGGAUCUUAAAGAAGUCAUGGAUACAUGCAACUCUAGUUUUACAAUACCGAUGGAUUAUAUUAUCGAGUUCAAUACAACUGGAAUACUUCCCGAUGAAACUGAUAAAACUGGAAUGUGUUAUAUUCGAUGUGCCUUUGAAAAAUUAGGUCUCAUUAAAGAUUGGAAACUAGAUAAGCCACUUUUGCAAAAUACAAUGUGGCCAGCUACUGGAGAUUCUGUGGAAGUUUGUGAACAGGAAGGAAAAAGUGAGUCAAAUGCAUGUGUGAGAACUUAUGCAAUUGCAAAAUGUCUCAUGAUCCGAGCAAUUGUCGAUGCUAGAGACAAACAAGUCAUUUAGAGCUUGGAUUAAAUAAAUAUUAAAUUUCUGC